CCUCGACCUGAACUACAUUACCCAUAGUGCGUAGCUUCAGCACAUUCAGUACAUUCUGCUUAUCCGGGGAUGUCGCACCGCUGCUAUUUUCUCCCAACAGUCCCUCUCACUAUCAGCCCACAGCUCAAGAGGACUGACACGGGUCUCUGGCUGGAAACAGACCGAGAAUAGGACGCCAACCGGAGGCCAAGAAGAAAAAAACAUGGCCGAACUCGGCGCGGGGAGCCUGCCGUUGGGAGAACCAGCUUUUAGCUACCAGCAGGAACAGGAGCUGAACGAGCGGCUGAAGCGGCUCUACCCGGCUGUGAACGAGGAAGAGACCCCUUUACCCCGAUCCUGGAGCCCCAAGGAUAAAUACAGCUACAUCGGGCUGUCACAGAACAACCUGCGGGUCCACUACAAAGGCCAUGGAAAGAACCAUAAGGAUGCAGCGUCAGUGCGAGCCACUCACCCGAUCCCUGCCGCCUGCGGGAUUUACUACUUCGAAGUGAAGAUUGUCAGUAAAGGUCGAGACGGGUACAUGGGCAUCGGCCUGUCUGCACAGGGAGUCAACAUGAACAGACUGCCUGGAUGGGACAAGCACUCGUACGGUUACCACGGCGACGACGGCCACUCGUUCUGCUCCUCUGGGACGGGACAGCCGUAUGGGCCGACGUUCACCACAGGCGACGUGAUUGGCUGCUGCGUCAACCUCAUCAACAACACCUGCUUCUACACCAAGAACGGCAUCAGCCUCGGUGUUGCCUUCACAGACCUUCCUCCCAACCUGUAUCCCACCGUGGGGCUCCAGACGCCCGGAGAGAUCGUCGACGCCAACUUUGGCCAGCAGCCGUUCGUCUUUGACAUCGAGGACUACAUGAGCGAGUGGCGGGCGAAGAUUCAUGGGAUGAUCACCAGCUUCCCGAUCGGCGAGCGGCUGGGGGAGUGGCAGGCCGUCCUGCAGAACAUGGUGUCCAGCUACCUGGUGCAUCAUGGGUAUUGUGCAACUGCAACAGCGUUUGCUAGAGCCACAGAGACCACGAUACAGGAGGACCAGACGUCUAUAAAGAACAGGCAGAGAAUACAGAAGCUGGUUCUGGCGGGUCGGGUCGGCGAAGCCAUCGACGCCACCCAGCAGCUCUACCCGGGUCUGCUGGAACGCAACCCCAACCUGCUCUUCAUGUUGAAGUGUCGGCAAUUUGUGGAAAUGGUGAACGGGACGGACAGCGAGGUUCGCUGCCUGACGGUUCGCUCCCCAAAAUCCCAGGACAGUUACCCCGGCUCCCCCAACCUCAGCCCGCGGCACGCCACCAGCGGCACGCACGUCCACAGUGGAGGAGCGGAAAGCCCCACUUGCAGUAACGGCGUCGCCCCGCCCAACAAGGCGAAGGUUCACGGCGGCGGCAGCAUCAAAUACCCGAGCGCCUCGUCCUCCACCUCCUCAUCCAGUUCCUCCUCCCCGUCCUCCAUAAACUACUCCGAGUCCAACUCCUCCGACUCCACCAAGAGCCAGCCGCACAGCGCCAACAGCAACCAGGAAACCAGCGACAGCGAGAUGGAGAUCGAGGCGGAGCAUUACACCAACGGCGUGGUGGAUGGCUCGUCGGCGCGGAUCAUGAACGGCACGUACCGACACGAAGAGAUCCUGCAGCCCGACGACAACAGCAUCUGCAACGGGGUCACAGACGAGGGCCGCAGGAGCAGCAAGCAGCUGUGUGGGGGGAACCAGGCGGCCACAGAGAGGAUGAUCCAGUUUGGACGGGAGCUGCAGGCGCUCAGCGAACAACUGUGCCACGACUACGGCACCAACAGCACGCACAAGAAGAUGUUACAGGAUGCAUUCAGCCUGCUGGCGUACUCGGAUCCCUGGAACUGCCCGGUGGGCCAGCAGUUGGACCCCACGCAGAGAGAGUCGCUGUGCUCCGCUCUCAACAGCGCCAUUCUGGAAUCCCAGAACCUCCCCAAGCAGCCGCCGCUGAUGCUGGCGCUGGGCCAGGCCACCGAGUGCGUCCAGCUCAUGGCCCGGGUCCGGUCCGGUUCCUGCUCCUUCGCCAGGAUAGACAACUUUUUGCACUAGCCCCGCCCCCCCCCCCGACCCGGUCAGGUAACUGCUGAGCAGCACUGGGAUGUCCAGCUGGUCGUUGCCAUGGCGACGAAGAGGCGAGCAUGCGUCUGAUUGGAUCAGAGAAGGGAAGGAGGCUUCCUAUUUAAUUUAGUAUUAUCAGAUUUAAUAAAUGUGUGACACUAUUUAAAUAUUAUUAUUAUUACCAUUCAGUUUAUUUAGCCUUUUUUCUUUUUAUUUGUUUUUUUUAGUAUUUUUGUCAGUUUGUUGUGCUCACCCUGGACAAACUAGUCAUAUUCCCCCCUUUUUAUUUUGGUAUUAUUGUUAUUUUCUUUUGCUGUAAUGGUGGGACUUCAAUUUCUGUGGUCGGUUUUGUUGUUUCUGUUCUCCCGGAUCUUUCUGAACCAGAACCAGAACCAGAAAUAAUACAACCCAAACUGGACGAGCUUUAAAUGCUGAGCAACGUAAAAAUGAGCUUUUAGUGAUUUAUUUCACAUGGAUUUUACAGCAAACAGCGAUAAUGUUUAGAAACAUGACUUUAAAAAAUGUUAAUUAACAUUGGGUUAAAAUUACUCAUACAAGCUUUAAUUAACAAGUAAAUCAGUAAGUUCUUCUUUUUUAGCAACUCAAAUCUCAAAAAUAUGUUUGUUUUUUCUGCCAUUGUGAUUUUUUUAGCCUCUUUUUUGAUAAAAAUUCUUCUUUUAAUCAUAACCCAAACAUUUCCAGGCCCACAGCAUGAUGCUUCUCCUUCCAUUUGUCUCAUUUUAUCACACUAAGAAGUGGUAAAAUGUAAAUUGUUUAGUUUAAUUUAUGAAAAAUACCUAUUCUAACUCAGCCCAGCAGAGGAAGAAAGUUUUUUUCUUUCCAUAAAGUUUUUUUUUCAAUAAAAUUCAAAUAUUCAGUGGAAGUCUGGCUGCUUUCUAAAUCUUCUUUUGGACGUUUGAAGUUUUAAAUCUUGUUUUUAAAAAUCACUGCAGUUGCUUUGUUGCAUUAUCAUCUCGGAUAAUUUUAAUAAAUCAUCAAAAACAAGAAAUAAAUGCUUCAUAAAUAACUAAAUUACACAUUGUAAGCAAAUUAAAACAAUCACGUUUUUUUUGCCAUAAUAAUUUUUUAGAGCCUCUUUUUGAUAAGAAAAAAAUAUUCUUUUAAUUAUAAUUCAAACAUUUCCAGACCCCGCAGCAUGAUGCUUCCUCCUCCUUGCUUCUUUGUAAUCCAGUUAUUGCAGUGAAACCACUCAGUUUUUCUCAUUUGAACUAAAAAUAAUUUUCUCCCUGGAGUUCUCAUACCGUUUUUACAGUCAAAAUGUAAAUUAUUUAGUUAAAUGAAACAGCGUAGCAAAGGAAAAAAAUUGUGUUUUUAUAUUUAAAAAUGUGAUUUUUCUUUUUUAAAAGUGAUAACAUUCAAAGACUCAAAGAAAGCCUGGCAGAUUUCCAAGUCUUCUUCAAAAAAAUCACAGCAGUUGCUUUAUUGUAUUAUUAUUUUGAGAAAUAAAUCUGUUAUUUUUCAACUUCUGAUGUUUAAUAAAAGUACUGAGGAAACCCAAGUCUGUCAAACUUUCCCAUUCGCCUCGUUAGCGGGAGAAAUUAUCCCCCACAAGUUAGAAAUGAGAAAGCAUUAAACCCCGGCUGUUGUUUCUGAUUAAAGCUAAUGUAACAUUCCUGGAAACUUUCCCAGAAAAACAGGAAAAAGAACAUCAGAAAACAUAAUUGAAGGUCCUCUGCGGCGGCGGUUGCUAACCGGGAGCAGAGAGGUGUCGCAGUCUUAAUUUCACUGUAACAAGCGCCGCGCCGGCCAAUCAGAGAGGUGGUUGCAGGUGGCGGCGCGAUCCCCGCUGCACCUGCAACACCUGCCCUCAGGGCCGAGUCCUACUCUAUUAUCAGCAUAAAGAAAAUCAGUAUCAAAGGCCGACUAACAAGCACAGUGUGCGUACGACGGAAAGUCGAGUUUCAUUACCGCAGGCUUCGCUUUCCCCCCUCCACACUCUGACCCGCUGUGUGCUCCUGCAGUCGCAGCCAGAGCUUCAAAUAAAGAGGUGAAAUCAUGUGACAAACAGGGAAGCCUGUAAUUUUAAGGUGCACUUUGUGAUGAUUAAACCGCAGCCUUUCUUUCACCAGCCUUUUGUUCCAGAGUUCAGCUCAAUUUCUGUGCAAUAAGAUGAAGGUUUUCCUCCUCUGCGCGUUCGCUAACAAGAUUUUCCUCCACUUCCCGUUUCAGAGUCAACCAUGCAGAGAGAUAAUCCAGAUUACGUUUGUUUGUGAGCUUAAAUUCACCUCCAGUUUGAGCUUUUUUGGAUCUCCUGAAGUGGGAUUCAGUGGAGUAGCUAUUAGCAGUCAGUACCUUACUUAAGCAAUCUGAAUUUGAUAAAAUAACAAUGUUGAGGCAAAUGAAGAUCAUUUCAAGUGUCACUAAUGGCCCACGGGCCACACUUUGGACACCUGUGGCUUACAUCGUCUCAGACCUCUUGGUAUCUUAAUUAUUGCUUUGGACAGUAAAGAAAAUUCACAACCCAACACUUUGUGUCACAGGUGCCACAAACUAUGAAAAACUAUGUUUGAAAAACUUAUUGUGCUAAUUUUCAACAGAUUUUUGCUGCAAGUAGAAAAUCAGUUGAACAUAAAAACAAUUAGGAAUUAUUUUCAGUUAUUUCAAACUCAAUGUCUAUUGUAGCUUCAUAAGGAAUACCAAACAGCAAAAAGUCUAAAUUUCUCCAAUAAAAAGUACAAAAUAUGUCUUUUAAAUGCAAUAUUUGGUGUGUGUGAAAUAUGCAUCAACAGGAAUUUUCUCUGGAUUAAAACUAAACUCUUUACUGUGCAGUUAUUUUGAUAUUUAUGCUAAUUUUGGCCUUUAAAAACAAGGAUAUCAGUGGGUGAUAAUCCGAUAAUGUUACAUCAGUCUGAAGCCAAAAAUUGUUAGCUUUCCUCUGGAGUUGAGCAAAAAAAUCCAUUUAAUCAAUCAAAAGUUUGGAAAUGUUUGGAAAAUCAUAUCCGGUAUGAAGAAAUUUUAUUGCCCAGCUCUAAUCUGGUUCCUCCCAGCUGAAUUUACUGCAGUAAUAAUCCAGAUUAGAGAAUGUCACUUCAAAGAUCCAAAGUAAUCCUUUAUGUUCGGCUUCCUUAAAUGUUCAAGUAGGUAAUGAAACCCAAAUGUGAUUUCAGCCUCUCAUCUGUUCCUGUUUUUAUUUAAAAGCAAAGCAUGAGGUUCACUUCGCCUUCCUCAGUUUGACCUCUGACCUCUGUCCUCUCCUCCAAGCUCAAAUUGAUCUGACCAUGCAGACGAGCGAUGCACAAAUGACUUCUACCUUCAUUUUAUUUUGUUUGUAUUUCUUGGGGGGAAAAUUUUGAGUUUUACCUAAAUAUAUAAAAAAUGUAAAAAAGAAAAAAGAAAAAAAAAAAGAAAAAAACAUUGUGAAAUGAGUUAUCUACUUAGCAUGACUUUAAAAACUUUAAAACAAUAAAAAAAAAGGACAAAUGAUAAUUGUAAAAAAAAUGUAUUGGAAACAUGUUUAAAGAUAAAUAUUGUAUUCUGUUUAAUUUUGACAGAAUUAUUUUUAUUAAAAUACAUCCAUAUGCA